AUGGAUUACAUAGGACCAUUCAGUUACAGGGAAGACAACAUCACAAUUUCGAAAUACUGGAUAAUUCUUAUUACUUGCUUGAACACAAGAGCCAUCUUCACGAAGGUCGUAACAAGUAUGUAUGCGGAAGCUCUACUUCAUGUUCUUCGUCCUUUUAUAGCAACCAAUGGUUUUCCCAAUUGGAUAGUAUGCGACAACGCCAGAGUUUUCAAGACAAUAAACGAAAUUCAAUCGAACAUGUUCAGUUCGAUAACGCCCAAGGAAAAUGCCAUCGAUUAUUGCGCCAAUCGUAAGAUGAGCUUCAAUUUUAUUGCGAGCCAUAGUCCUUGGCAAGGGGGAGUAUACGAGAGAAUGGUCGGUAUGUCUAAAGCAGCGUUCCGAAAUGCUAUUAGAAGAGAAAUUUCCGGCAUAGAAACCUCGAAAACAAUCACGGCAGAUUGCACAGCAAUUUGCAACUUACGACCACUUACUAAUGUAAUGGAUGAACAAUCUCAAUAUCCACUCAGGCCGAUAGACUUUCUGAGACCAACUGCAUUAAUUGCGACGCCUCGAUUCGAUUGUAUUGAAGACUAUACGCCACCUACCAGUGUACACGAAAAUCUAAUGGAAUUAUGGAAAACGACAAACGAAGUUCUCACCUCCUUUUGA